AUGGAUUACAUUAAAAUAGCAAGAGUUGACAAUGUUAUCUGGCACAAGAGAGGUAUUUCAUUGAAGGGAUCUCUGCAUUUGACUACGCAUCAUUUGAUCUUUACUGAUGACAAUUCUUCGAGGGAAUUUUGGGUAGCGUAUCCCACCAUUGCGUCUGUGUUCAAAAACAAGGGAAGCUCUUUAAUAUCAAAGUACAAGCAUCAUUCCGAAUGGGAAAAAGAAGCCUUAUAUGCUGGUAAAGACAUCUGGAUGUUUUUCAAUAUUAAAGUAAUAACCAAGGAUUAUAACAUAUUCUCUUUGGAUUUGGAAAAUGAGAAGAAUACUCAAGACGUUUACGAUUCGUUAUGCAAGUUGACAAUUCUUGAUGAUGUUCACAAAUUAUACGCUUUCAUCUACUCCCCAAACAAAGCAGAAACACCAUUUAAUAGCUGGAAUAUUUACGAUCCCGUGAAGGAAUUUGAAAGGCAGGGCCUAAAUUUCGGUGACGAAGAAUGUUGUAAAUGGAGAGUUUCGGAUAUCAACGAAGAUUACUCAUUUUGUCGGACUUACCCAAGUAAGUUGGUGGUACCGAAGACUGUUUCAGACACAUUAAUAUCUUAUUCCGUGAAAUAUCGAUCCCAGCAAAGAAUUCCGGCUUUGACGUAUUAUUACGCAAAGAAUGGGGCGUCAAUUACUAGAUGUGCACAACCUCUGCCCGGUAUUACUCAACAACGAUCGAUUCAAGAUGAGAAACUUAUCAGGGAAAUUUUUAAUUGCAGUAUAAACAAGACUAGUAAGAACAUUAUAGUAGACGCUAGGCCUACUACAAAUGCAAUGGCCCAAACUGCCCUAGGAGGAGGUACUGAAAAUAUGGAUAACUAUGGCUUUAAUCAGACCUGCUCUCGGAUGUUCUUAGGAAUAGAUAAUAUCCAUGUAAUGAGGGAUUCUUUGAACUAUUUGGUUGAUAACUUCUUAGUGGAUAAUGAUUUAUACCUUCCAAUUGACAAGAGUAUGCUAAAUUCGGAUAAGUCAAGUUCAUGGCUUAAAUACAUUAAACUACUUUUAUCAUCGACAGACACAUUGGUAAAGUCUAUUGUUUUCAACAACUCCAACAUACUUGUGCAUUGUUCUGAUGGAUGGGAUAGAACAGCUCAGAUAACAUCCUUAGUUCAACUAUCUCUCGAUCCAUACUACAGGACUAUAGAGGGAUUCAUGGUUCUAGUCGAAAAGGAUUGGCUUGCAUUCGGUCAUAGAUUUUGUGAAAGGUCCGGCCAUCUAAGUUCACAUUCAGUAUUUCAUGACAACUCUACGAGAUUAAGCAUCGCUCUAGCUGCCGAAUCCCUUUCGUUAAACGAUAAAAAAGAGAACGAAUUAGGGGAAUUUUCCACAAUGACCUCACCAGAAACCCGAAUCUCCUCUACCUUCAAAAAGUUUAGAAAUGGGACAAACAUGAAGCUCACAUCACCCGUUUUCCAACAAUUCUUGGACUGUGUCCAUCAACUUUUGAUUCAAUAUCCUACUCAGUUUGAGUUCAAUGAACGUUUCUUAAGAAGGUUGGUGUACCAUCUAUAUUCUUGUCAAUAUGGAACAUUCAUUUUUGAUAAUGAGUACGAAAGAGUCACCAACAACGCUUUCCAUCAGACUAGAAGUGUUUGGGAUUAUUUCAGGUCAAGGACUCAUGAGUUUUCCAAUCCAAAUUAUAGGGAACCAUCCGAUGAUGAGGAAGAUUGGAUACUUCCUGAUUGGGAGAAGGUAGAGUGGUGGUGGCAGCUUUUCGGAAGGAGGGAUGCAGAGAUGAAUGGCCCUUGCCCAACUCAUGAAGAUGAGGAUACGUUGGUGAAGAAAACAAAUACGAUUGUGUCAAGCCUCAAGAUGCCCAAAUUUAGUUUGGAGAUAUUUUCCAAGAAGUAA